AUGUCGGACUUCUUCCGCAGAGCAUCUGAAGCGUUCCACCAGCGCCAGCGUCAAGGCUCAAGUGACUCAACUGACUCAACCAACGCACCCACGUCCCCCGACGCCAAAAAGCUCCCCGAGCAAGAGCCACUCAAUCAAAAGUCCGAGUCCGCUCAGCCUGACUCUCACGUCAACGAAGCUUUUGCUGGUACUGCAACUGGUAAUGUUGCCGGUCCGAAGCGCCACCGCUAUUGGGGCUGGGGACAACAACAGGGAAAUAAACCCGGAACAGAGCAGCAACAUAGCCAGGAGCAAAGAGAUAAUACUGAUUGGGUUAUUGGAUCGUAA